CUAUUUUUUUCCCCUGGUCUUUAACAUUAGAGAAUAAGCCCUUCAUUUGGUUUGUAAGUGUAAAGUAUAUGAGUAAAUGGGUAUAGGCAAAAAAAUAUAGAUCAGACUUAAAUAGAACACCACUGGUAACUGGUAAGUUAUAUAUAUAGAAAUAAAUGGACGGAGAGGGUGAAAGAAUUUAAGGUAAUAAAAUACUAGUGGAAGGGUGUGUAGUGUGUAAGAGUGGAAGGAUAUUUAUACAGCCAAUCGAAUGUAUUGGGUUAGAACUGAAAGUCACCAAUUUCAAUGAAGAGAUGUUUUUUAAGUCCUAUGAGUUGAAUGCUAUAAUAUAUGCUGAGUUGUCAAGCAGGAACUCACUGUUUUGGUCUCUACCACUUGUAGUGGGUAUUUGUCAUGUAUUAGAGGGACCAUGUUUGUGGUAGGUCUUGUAAUUAAGUGAUUUCAUCCUAUUUUUGCAGCCAUGGUAUAUUUCAUCUAUCAAGCUGGAGUAGUUUUAAUAAAUAAAUGGCUAUGAUGAUUGUUUUAUAUGGUUUCUCUUACUGUGUUUACUGAAAUUAAGGAAAUAAAACGUAUCUUGGCGUGGCUUCGUGGGUAUCCAGAAGUGGCCAUGGCGUUUUUAUAUCAUUUCCCUUGUGAUAGUAUAUAAAUAGUGAAAAUUCUGAGCCUCUUUAUGGCCCAGUUGAAAUGAGCAGCUUCCUCUAAGUACAUAUUGCUAUAAUGAAAUGCAAUGAGAUUAAAGAGGCCGUGACUAUAUCGUUGUGUAUUUUCCAAUGCUAAUCCCAAAGAUUUGAUGAAAUGAUUCGUACCUUGGAGAGGCAACCCGGAAAAUUGAUACCGUGGUUGCAGCCAUGGCAAUCAUAUAUUUUUGUGUAGCAAUGGAAAACAAUUCCAAGCCUCAAGAAAAUUUAUACUUUUUGUGUAGAAAUUAUAAACUUUAUUAAUAAUUUAUGGUGUUUGUAUACAUUGAAAUAGAGUGUGAUUUAUUUGGUGUCUAUAUUCAAGCCUCUUGAACAAUAUAAUUUCACAUAAUGUAGAGGCUUUACUUCAAACAUUUUGUCGAGCUAUUAUGGUAACAUUGCUGGUCCUUAAUGCCAUUCUGUUUGGCCUUUUGUGACUGUAAUAGAAGCAUGGUAAGAUUGAAUGGAUUUGUGCCAAAUGUACCAAACUUGUGUUAUCCAUUGGAUUGUUAAAAAUUGGCAUGAAAAUUGGAAUGAAAUGGAGCAUAAUAUUGGAAUACAGUUUCAUAAGGAUUUUUAAGAGGUCGUAACAUAUUUUUUUGUGUAAUUUUCAAUGCUGAUCCUAAAAAUUUGAUGAAAUGAUUCAUAUCUUGGCGAGGCUAUCCGGAAAUUUGACAUCGUCGUUGCAGCCAUGGCGAUCUUAUCUUUUUCUAUAGCAAUGGAAAAACUAUUUUGAGCCUCAAAAUAAACAAUUUUUAAUUUAUGGUAUUUGUAUAAAUUGAAAUUAAAAACAAUUUUAUACUUUAUGGUAUUUGUAUAAAUUGGAAUAGGAUGUGGUUUUUUGCUGUCCAAAUCCGAGCCUCAAGAACACUGCAUAUGCUGGGCCAUUUUGUGGGGAUGAUGUGGAAGUUUCAAGGAAGAUUUAUUUAAAUUAAGUUGCUGGUCCUGGAUGCCAUUUUGUGGGAGAGGCCUAACUUUAAACAUUUUGUCCAGCUAUAAUUAUAAAGUUGUUGGUCCUUGAUGCUAUUUCGUUCGGCCUUUUGUGAUUGUAUUAAAAUGAUGGGUCAUAUUGUAUGGAUUUGUGCCAAGUGUACCAAAGCUAUAUCAGCCAUUGGAUUGUUUAUAAAUGGCGGGAAAAUUGAGGCAUCAAAUUGCAAAGCAAUUCCCAUCAGCUUUUAUAUAUAUAGUAGAUAUUUAUAUAAAGUUGAGUUAAACAAUUGUGGGGAUGCCAUGUGUCAAGCCAGGUAGACUAUUUUGGUGCUUAUUUGGACAAUUGUUUGCUGACUCAAUAAAGUUGAGUUAAACAACAGUCUACUGGUGAUUGCUAUCGAUUGCCGUCUCUUCUGUUUCCCAUCCAUUCUGCCUCUUUGGGUUCACCAUCAACGGCGAUCAAGAGUUCCAUUGGCCAUCAUUUCCCAGCGGCCAACAACAGUCGUCUAGCGCAAGAGUUCCACCACACUUCUUCCUCUCCGUAAUGCCUGCCCGAUUCUUCUAACAGAUUUGACGAAUCUAGGGAUUUAAUCGGCGACCGUCUGCUUCCUCAAAACAGAGGGAGGGUUUUAGGGGAAUUUGGAUACUACGAUGAAAAGAACCUCUAAUUCUCCCAUGAUGAAACUGAACCUCUAAUUCUCCCACCACCACCUCCACCUAAAAAAGAGGAAAGAAGCAGAAUGCAAGAAGAAAAGAAGCACAAGAGCUUUAGAAAGGAAAAGCAUCUAGCCAAGCACCAUCCACCCAAGAUGCAGGUUCCUCACAGCACAAUGAAGGAGGAAGGUUAAGCAAAAAAGGAAAUGUGCGCAUGAAAUGCACUGUCUGUGGUGAAAUUGGCCACAACAAAAGGUCUCACUCAAGUAAAGAGAAUGGAGAAUCAACACACAAGAGAAAGGGUAAAAAGAAAUCAACAACGGCUGGAGACGGAGCAAGAAAGAGGAAAGAACCACCAGUGAAAGGGAAGACAAAGAAGAGAAGCAAAUCAGGUCCAACAGAAGAAGAUCAUCCUGCAUGCUCUAAUUUAAUACUCCCUCUGUCCACCAUAGAUCUUCCCAGACACUAUUCACAGGGUCAAAUUUUACUCACUUUGUUUACUCAAUUUUACUAGUCAUUUCAUAAAAUAAUAUAGUCUUGUCACCUCUAGUUUUGUAUAACUUUUCAUGUAGUUUAUUACUAUAUAAAUUUUAUUUUAAAAUUUUACUCCUAUAAUCAAUUAAAUUGAAUUGAAAAUAAAGUCAGUCAAGCCUCGUAACGCAAAAUGGGAAGAUCAUACAUGGACGGAGGGAGUAUAAUUCACAAUGUUGCAGCUACGGUUUUUUGGUUUUUGGUACCUGGACAUAGAAGGUGGUUUUUUGGGUUUUUGGUAGCCCUAUGUUGGUACUCUUUUAUGUAAAUGAGCAGUCUUUGUGCCUUUCUUGCUGUCUUUUUUGGUUUUUGUUUGAUAGACAGCUAGUAAGGGCAGUCGUUUUGUAAAUGGGCAGGCUUUUUGUUUGAUUGACAAACUUGUUAGCUUCCAAUAUGUAAAAUGAAGCAUUUUGUACAAU